GCCAACAACUUGAGACAUCGAUCACUCUGAAAAGCUUAGGACCCAUGAGUAUUGUCAUAUCGCUUUGUUCUUGUAACGUUUUAAACCAACAGACUAGCGAUGGUGCACUGCCAAAUAAACCAGCCAGCCGGCCACGAAUUCAAGCGUUUCACACCUUAAUUUACGUACUUCCCUCCGUGCCAUGAUCCAAGACGUGCGCUUGCAAAUUCGCGAGUUUGCUGCACCAGUUGCACAGAAACUAGGCAUUGGCAAGAUAUCUGACUUUGCCGAUGUGAUAUUGCUCUCCUUCGUGUUCUUCUCUACUGUCCACAAUAGUCUGGCACCCGCAGUGAGCGGAGUGCUCUUUCCUGUUUCAUAUGGGAAAGCGGGAAAAAGAGCGCGGAACAACUGGGACAUACAUGUGACAUCGCUCGUCCAUGCUAUCAUAAUCAUAUUCCUCGCCGGGCGUUGUCUCAAUCUUUCGAGCCUUGACCAAAAUCGCGCCUUUGGUUGGCAUGAAGAUGCAGGCUUUGUAAUAGCAAUCGCAACGGGUUACUUCAUCUGGGACACACUAGAAUCGAUCAUCCAUUUCAGUGACAUUGGAUUCGUUCUCCAUGGCAUUUCGUGCCUUCUGAUAUAUGGCCUUUCAUUUACACCCUUUGUUCCUUACUAUGGAGUGCGCUUCUUGUUUUGGGAGUUGAGCACUGUGUUUUUGGACAUCCAUUGGUUCUUGGACAAGACGGGAAAGACAGGCAGUACUCUUCAACUUGUCAAUGGCAUUGCUCUUAUUACGACCUUCUUUUCUGUGCGCUGCGUUUGGGGCGCAAUGAUGUCGUAUGACUUUUUCGUGACUUUGAAUAGCGUAUACGACCAAGUUUUGACUCCGUACCUCAUCAUUUACGGAGGCGGCAAUGUCUUGCUCCAAGUCCUCAACUGGUUCUGGUUCACCAAGAUGAUAACUGCACUUACUAAAAGAUUUCAAGUAAAACCCGACGGCCACAAGGUCGUCAAUGGAAAGGUUAAAUUAUAACCACCUUUUCGAUAUCUGAUUGUCCUGGAGGUCGAAUGCUGGUAG